AUGGCUCUUUCAGGCAUCGAGAUGAAGCCUCAGUGUUCAGCUCCGCAGCUGCAGCAAGAGGAGAACGAAUCUUCAUUCCGGUACACCCAGACCACCAAGUUAAAGAUUGCACUUGAGAAAGCUGGCCGUGACUUUCGGUCUGAUGUGGUUACUGUCCCGACGGAGAGGAUGAUGCAGGCCAUCAUAGAUGCUACCGUGGGAGAUGACAUCUACGAUCCAGAGGGCGAUGCCUCUGUAAACGCCCUACAAGACAGGCUCAUUGAACUAAGCGGCAAAGAAGCUGCUCUAUGGACACUUUCGGGGACUAUGGGUAAUCAGAUAUGCCUACGAACUCAUCUCACUCAGCCCCCACACACUGUGCUCCUCGAUCACCGAGCUCAUGUCCAAUGCUGGGAGUCUGGUGCGCUCCCUGUCUUCUCACAGGCGGCAGUAACACAGGUCCACCCCAAGAAUGGCAUUCACGUCACCCUCGAGGAUGUCAAAAGGGAUAUGAUCACGGAUGGAAAUAUCCAUUUUCCACCGACUCGUGUGGUCUCCUUGGAGAAUACCCUCAGCGGCACUAUUCUCCCCUUGAAAGAUGCAAAAGAGAUAUCGGAAUUCGUACGCAACUUCCCCGUACCUGCUGAUCAGAAGCCAAUCGCGAUGCACCUGGAUGGGGCAAGACUCUUCGAUGCCGUAGCCGCAGAAGGAGUUGAUCUCAAAGAGUAUUGUGCCUGCUUUGACUCGAUCAGCUUCUGUCUGGCAAAAGGUGUCGGUGCUCCCAUGGGCAGCGUCAUCGUUGGAAACAAGAGGUUUAUCGAGAGGGCGAAAUGGUUUCGGAAGAUGUUUGGUGGAGGGACUCGCCAGCCCGGUAUGAUGGCUGCUGCUGCGUGUGCGGCUUUGGACUAUACCCUUCCUCGACUUUCGGCGGUGCAUGCAAUGACUGCAAGCGCAGCACAGGAGCUUGAGACUAUGGGAUAUAAGUUUGCGCUUCCGGUACAGACCAAUAUGAUUGUUCUCGAUCUCGAAGCUGUGGGGAUCCCUGGCGCUGCAUCUGUGGGGUACUGUAAGGACCAUGAGGUUGCAGUCUUUCCGAAUGGAAGACUGGUGUUUCAUCAUCAGACCUCACCGGAUGGGGUGUUGAGAAUGCUUGAGGCUUUUGGACAAUUGAUGAGUGAUAAGGGGGCUGGGGCUCAUCUCAUGGAUCAUGAGGUUACCGGGGGAUAUGCCUGA